GUGAAUUAUAAAAUGUCUUCAUCAGAUCGGGAAAAUAACUCACCACCGUCACGGACGACUGGAAAUUUGAUGCAGUACCUUGCAACGCUCUCAGCUACCCUGGCCGCGGUGACUGCUGGCAACUAUCUCGGCUGGUCAUCCCCGGCUCUUCCACUCUACAACCAAAAGGAUACACUAACCUUGGCCGAUGACGACAAGUCGUGGGUCGGAUCCUUGCUCCCGCUGGGAGCUCUCGUGGGUGCCAUUCCUGCCGGAUGGAUAGCCGAUAAAGUAGGACGCAAAAACGCCAUACUGACGAUUGGCGUACCUUAUGUAAUUUGCUGGUUCAUCAUAGGAUUUGCACCAAGCGCUUUAUGGUUGUUCGUGGCUCGCUUUUUGGCUGGAGCUGCAAUCGGGGCAACGACAGUCGUAGUGCCGUUGUACGUGUCUGAAAUUGCGGAGCCAGCUAUUCGAGGUACUCUUGGUGCGUUGUUCCAGCUCCAGAUCACGAUUGGCGUUUCGCUGGGGUAUUUGACAGGUUUGAUCGGAAAUUUGAAAUGGAUCGCCGUCACCUCAGCCUUCAUACCGGCGGCUCUGCUACUGGUUUUUCUGUUCAUGCCGGAGACGCCGGUGUGGUUGAUCGGCCAAGAUCGUCGAGAUGACGCGGAGCGAGCCAUGGAGCGAUUGAGGGGCAAAAGUUACCCUUUUCAGCAGGAGCUUGCGCAGCUCGAGAGCAAUAGAAAAUCUCAGAGGAUGCAGAAGGCCAGCCUUUCCGAGCUUAAGAAUCAUAAAAGGGCCGUGCUGAUAUCUUUCGGACUUAUGGUUCUCCAACAACUGUCUGGAAUAAAUGCCGUAAUCUUCUACGCCGAGGAACUUUUCAAAGCUGAAGGAUCGGCCCUCAGCCCAACGGUAUGCACAAGCAUCAUGGGUGUCGGCCAGGUCUUCGCAACCGGCGUAUCCAUGCUGCUGGUCGACAAAGCCGGCCGCCGAAUUCUUCUCAUGGCCAGUUCCAGCGUCAUGGGUGUCUGUCUUAUUGCCGUCGCCCUGCAUUUCUAUUUUCAGGCGGGAGUACAAUCGACCGGCACUCCAUGGGUGCCUCUGAUAUUCUUCACGAUCUACAUAAUCAUGUUCGCUAUCGGAUUCGGACCAGUGCCUUGGAUUAUGGUGAACGAAGUCUCGCCGACCAACGUCGUGGGCACAAUCGGUUCCGCGGCAGCGAUGUUGAAUUGGUCGCUGGCCUUCGCUGUGACAAAGAUUUUCAUCAACAUGAAACUCGCCAUUGGCUUGCCGCUGUCAUUUGGCAUGUUCGCAUUGAUAUGCUUAAGCGGGACUAUUUUCAUCGCGGCUAUCAUACCGGAAACAAAGGGCAGGACCAAGGAGGAAAUUCAGAUGAAACUACAUCGGAUGAGGAAAAUGGAAACGAAAAACGACACCGUCAUUAACGACCAGGCUAUGCUGUGAUCUACUAACGAUCGUCAGGGUAUUACGGAAGCACGGGAUAUGAUAAGAGGGAAUGGAAUGGGAUAAAUUCGACUGACGAAAAAGACGUUUAUUGCUCAUCCCCGGAAAAACAACGCAAAAUCAAGAUUCUCGUUUUGAGCAGAAAAACCGGAUCCUUCCUUUAUCAUGUUGAUGGGGUCCCAUGCUAUCCAAUAUCACACUGUUGGCCCUCAUGGUCCCUUUCGUUUUGUAACGCAGGCUCUCUUACCGUGGACUCUUCUUCUCUACAGAUAUACAAACGACCU